AUGGCUGGUUACAAUAACCGACCAUUGAGUUUCUCGGAAAGGAGGGGGAGCAUGCUCAGCGACGAUAUGACGCUCAACACGGGGGGGAUGUCUAGCAGCCAGAAAUUGGAAAAGAUGCCAGCACGACCAGGCCAUAUGCGUGGCCCGCCGACACCUAGCAUGACGACGCCUGCUGCCGACUUCGACCAACAGUUGACUGGCUCACCACCGCCACCUCCCACACCAGCCGCCUCUCCAGGUCCAUCCCAUCAUCAGCUCGACUGGAGCGACGCUGCUGACGACGAGGAUUUUUUCUUGGCCAAAGUCCGCCAUCACUUCAAGAACUCUGGUGGCCCGCACCGAACUCGUCUCCUGGCGGACCUACUGAACCUUUGCACAAGCCAGCAACUGAGCUUUGUUCAUCAGUUCGUCAGUCCUCUGCUUAAAAAAGAUCCAUUUACGAGUCUGCCCGAUGAGCUUUGUUUGCGCAUUCUCUCCUUUAUUGAUGACCCAAAGGUUUUGGCCCGUGCCUCUCAAGUAUCCAGGAGAUGGCGAGACUUGUUGAGCGACGAUAUGACGUGGAAAAAUCUCUGCGUCAAGCACGAUUACGGACGACGUCUUUCAGAAGUGUCUGUGCCCAUGGGAAGCGGAUCACGCCCUGGCGCUCAACCUCUCUGGGGUGACAACGACUACGCCAGCAAUAGUUUUCCGGGUGCCCUCCCUUUGACAGCACAUGCUUCCGGCUCUCGUAGUCUAGACGGGUCUUCAAACUCGCGGCCAAAAAUGAGAUCUUACAAGUCGCACUUCAAGCAACGAUACCUCGUAGAGGCGGCUUGGAGAUCUGGUGGCACAAGCACCACCAGAAACAUUACUCAAGAGGGGGGUGUUGUAACAAGCCUGCACUUAACCCCUAAGUAUAUCAUCGUGGCCCUUGAUAACGCCAAGAUUCAUGUUUUCGAUACAAAGGGCAACGCUCAACGUACCUUGCAGGGUCAUGUUAUGGGUGUGUGGGCGAUGGUCCCAUGGGAAGAUAUUCUGGUUAGUGGUGGAUGUGACCGCGAUGUGCGCGUCUGGAAUUUGGCUACGGGUGCCUGCCUUCACACACUUCGUGGUCACACAUCAACUGUGCGCUGCCUCAAGAUGUCUGACGCAAACACGGCGAUAUCGGGCUCUCGUGAUACGACACUUAGAGUAUGGGAUAUCAGGACUGGUUUGUGCAGAAACGUACUUGUCGGCCACAGCGCCAGCGUCCGAUGCUUGGAGAUCAAGGGAGACAUCGUUGUAUCUGGCAGCUAUGACACUACGGCUAAAGUGUGGAGCAUAUCGGAGGGCAGAUGCAUUCAGACACUGCAAGGCCACUUCAGCCAGAUCUACGCGAUUGCUUUCGACGGCAAGAGAGUAGUGACAGGCAGUUUGGAUACUAACGUGCGAAUCUGGGAUCCUAGGACAGCUGAAUGUUUGGCUAUCCUGCAGGGUCACACGUCUCUUGUUGGACAGCUGCAAAUGCGUGGCGAUACUCUGGUGACUGGCGGCUCUGAUGGUUCAGUACGCGUGUGGUCACUGGAGAAAAUGUGUCCUAUUCACCGGCUCGCCGCACACGAUAAUAGCGUUACCAGCUUGCAAUUUGACGACACCCGUGUUGUCAGUGGUGGAAGUGACGGCAGAGUCAAAAUUUGGGAUCUCAAGACCGGCCAUUUGGUACGAGAGCUUAUCGCCCAGGGCGAGGCUGUUUGGAGAGUGGCUUUUGAAGAUGAAAAGUGCGUGGCGUUAGCUUUACGACAGAACAGAACUGUGAUGGAGGUCUGGUCAUUUUCUCCUCCAGAGGAUGUUCUGUACGAUCGCCCGCUCUCCCUCCAGCAACGUGUAAUGCAGGAUACACCAAAUCGCCCCAUGAGCGCAAUGCAGCUUGAUUUCAGACAGCAGCAGCCAAGUGUUGCGGGACCAAGCCGAGAAGCCACAGGAAGCCAGGACGUCGAUAUGAGGGACGCCGGACCAUCUACCGCCCCACUUCAAGGUGGUAAUAAGACCUUUUUCCACGAUGAUUAG